CUUUGUUUGGUUAUGCUUCAAAAAAUCAUUGAGUUUUCGAUUUAUUUGUAUUUGAAUGACUUCGUAAAUGUUUAACAAGCUGACAACGACCAUUGAAACACCGUUUCAAUGGAGUGUCACAGAUGAUGAAACAUAGGCCAUGACCUGCUUCUUCAAAACAAUUGAACCAGUUAUUUUAAGGCCAUUAUAAUAUGAAGAAUUUCCAUAUUUGGGAUCAUCGAAAAUAUUUUUCCACUAGGAAAAAAAUAGUUGAUCAUCGAUUUCAAUGGCGUUUCUCUGGGCGCUCGCAAAUCCAAAACCGAAUUUUGCUUUGAAUUUUGGCAUAGCAUUUCAUUUUGACUAACGCAGUAUUCAUCGAACGACGCGCCGGAGAGAUCAAAACGUUUUAGAAUUGACGAAAAAAACCUUCGAAAUAAAUCCUCUGUAUCGUUAGUCGCUAGGAUCGCGAGUUUCUAAAACCUUCACUAUAGUCGAUCGGCUAUCACAACACAAAAAUGAUUCAAUCAAAUUGAAAACAACUUCCUCUGUCCUUAGGAAUAAUAAUAAAAAAGCCAACCGUUUGUUGUUGCAUCACGACUAUGGGAUAUUCUGUCGGACAUAUCGCAUCAUACAUAAUUGGAGCAAUCGUUCGCUACAUUGGAAGUUUACAUUUGUUUAUGGAUAAAGGAGCACUGAAGAUGACUAAUCGAUGAUCAACAAGUUCAUUUCAGUUGAUUUGUCAAUUUGCACAACUGUUGUUGCACUUAACGGCUAUGGAAAUGACUUUGUUGAUUGGACAUGAAGUUUUGACGAGUGAGGAGUAUAUAAGCAGCUCAUCGGAUCAGUGUUUUUAUCAAGUUCUUUGCAACUGUUUCCAGUUCAGCAACAAUGGCAAAAAUCUCAGUCUUUCUCUGCGUUGUUCUAGUCGUUUCGGUGGCUUUUGCCUACGAUCCAGAAGAGGAGAGACAGAAAAUACAGGAACAGGCUGUGAAAAAUUGUGUCAGAAGCAUAAAUCGUGUUUUCACGGAGGUAGCACAAAAAUAUGAAAAAACAGUAAAACCAAUGGAAAACGAGGAAAUGAGAAACAAAGCAUGGGACUACUACAGUAAAGCGGCUGAUAUUUUGAACGGGCUUAACGCACAAGUGAGAAAUUCUAAGGAACCAAUUAGAAUGUCGUUUGUCCUCAAAACAUUUGGCGGCAAUGCCAUCAUGUGCAGUGACGACGUCUCUCGUAAAGUGUAUGAUGCUUUUUACGAUGCGUACGAUGGACUUGACAAAUUGGCUCAGCAGGAUGGCCAGUGAUGAGAUGCUUCUAUCACCCUUAAUAAACUGGACGACUAUCAUCAGGGAGAAUCGCGAGCAUGAGCGAUUCCGUCGACUAAAAUUUAAACUUCAAAAUAAUUCGAUAAAUUGUAAUUCAUAAAAUGGUCUUAGCAUUUUCACAAUGAAUUACAUUCUUCAAUAUUUCGAAA